AUGGCAUACGAGAAGAAGUACAGUCUGUGGGCCGAGAAACAUCAACAACGAGAGUGGGCGUCGAGCGAAUGGGGCACUGCUUUGAAGAGUCGAGAUAUGCUCGGCCAACGUGUCGGCAUUCUGGGAUAUGGCUCCAUCGGACGACAAGUUGGCCGUGGGGCGAAAGCUUUCGGGAUGGAGGUCUUCGCCUUCACCUCGAAGCCCAGAGACACCCCAGAAUCAAGAAAGGCACAAGAGUACUACCUGGAUGGAACUGGAGAUCCAGAUGGUACAAUCCCACUGCAGUGGUUCUCGGGUACGGACAAGCAAUCCUUACAUGGCUUCCUCUCGCAACGCCUCGACUUGUUGGUCCUGACAAUGCCUUCUACGCCCAAGUCCCGCCAUUUGCUAGGCAAGGAAGAGUUCGCCAUACUUGCUCAGCAUAGCCCCACUGGCGGUGCUUUCCUCUCAAACAUCGCCCGCGCCGACAUUGUCAAGCAAGACGAGCUAGUUGAAGCGCUGGAUGCGCAUGGAAGCGGGAUCAUUGGAGCUGCACUGGACACUGCCGAUCCGGAGCCUUUGCCUAAGGAGAGCCCGCUGUGGGAUGCUCCAAAUUGCUUCAUCACGCCGCACAUGAGCUCUCUACAUAAUCGAUUCGUGGACAGGGUGUUUGAGAUCAUGGGGAGCAACAUUGAACGUGGCUUCGAUAAGCCGUUCAUCAACGAGAUCCAUCGUUCGUGA